AUGUCCUGUGACAAUGCUUAUUCUACCACGCGUACGGAUUUGAAUCAGGACGGGGUAGCUGACUUGGUUCAAGCUGAUAUCAUCACACCGCUUUCGACUAACGAGACUAUUCGACAAGCGACUGUGAUAGUCCUGCUCAAUUACACGCUGAAGUAUCCGUACGCUGAUUCUCCUAUUGCGAAUUUAACCACUAAUGGUAUUUCGCAAGAGCUACUCGUGCAGUCAAUUAUCAGCGAGUACCGAGCGCGGAACUACACCGCCGAGUUGCAUGCUCCGAAUCCAAUUUGGACAUCAAGUACCAAUUCUUCUCAGGCGACAACGGAUUUCAGGGUGCAGUUGAAUAUUCGGAUCGACCCGGUGAACGUUGUGUACGCGCCUGAAUGGCCUGAGAUCGUCAAGAAUGUCUGGAUACAGUAUUAUUGUAUUUUCGUUGUGGUAUCAACCCUCACAAUAGCUCUGCGCGAGUACCUCUUCACAAACAAGGAGGAGCUGGAUCUGGACGACCUCCUGGACGAUGCGCUGGACGACUUUGCGGACGAGGUGAGCGCCGCGCAGGCCUCGGAGAUCUCCAGCGUGAAGCAACAAGCGGCCGCCACUGCCGCCGCCACGCAGAGCGACGAAGACAACAAGAUGCAGGAGAACGUGGCCAAGUUCCUCGAGGACGCGCAGAAUCCCGAGUUCCAGAAGGUGCUCGAGCAGGCAUUCCGGGAGCUGGGCACGGACGCCGACGGGGACAAUAUUGAGCAGCUGCUGGGCUCGUUGAAGAUGGACUCGACGUCCGAUGAGACGGACGAUGUCAAUGCUGGCGUGGCCAAGACGCUGCAGAAUAUGGCCAAGGCGGCGGAGGAUAUGGAAGGCGUGGGCACGGCGCAGGUGGAAGCUAUGGGCGAAGAGAUGAUGGCCGAGAUGAUGAAGAAGUUCGAGGAGAUGGGCGAAAAGAACGAUUUCCAGGACUUGGUGGACGGUAUGAUGCAGCAAUUGCUGUCCAAGGACGUCAUGUACGACCCCAUGAAGCAGAUCUGCGAGCGGGUACGUAACGGUGCGAGAUUGUAUCCGGAGUGGUUGGCUGAAAAGGAGUCUUUGCUGUCUAAGGAAGACUACGAACGAUAUGGCAAGCAGUACCAGUACUUCCAGCAGAUCGUCGCGGUGUACGAGUCGGAGCCCGACAAUUUUGCUCGGCUGUCAGAACUUAUGCAGGAGGUGCAGGAGACUGGCCAGCCUCCCUCGGAGAUUGUGAACGAUCUUGCUCCAGGCUUGCAAUUUGAUGAUGAAGGAAUGCCGAUCAUGCCCAACAUGGGCCCUGGUAUGUUCCCCGGUAUGGCUGGAAUGCCUGGAAUGCCCCGUGAGUGCAAUGCACGCAGGCUAAUGCAGCACCUCGACGCGAUAUCGCUAGGUGUGUUCUCAUACUUGCAGGCCCACGAACGUGUGUCCCGCGUCGAGUCAAAGCCGUUUGUUGGGGCUACCCAGGUGGAGUUUGGGAUAUGGGAGCAGAAAGCGCCACAAAUCUGGUUUCGGGACUUACGCGGCAAAUGGAGCUUUCUGGCCGAGACGUUCACCAACUACUACCGCAUGAUGCUUGCUCACUUGGGUAUCAUCUCGUGGCAACCAUGGCUUCACCUAUUUAUUCCAAACCGAAUGCUGCUGGACGAGCAAAGUGCACAACAACAAGGUGGGCCAGAGGAUCAGCAACAAUAA